UCCGUCCCCCCUGACAGCUCAGCUCGCCCCGGGGCUGGUUUAGCAGGCGAGGUACGGAGAGAGGAGGAGGAGUGCAGUUCCCUUUCGCCUCCGCUCAGUCCGCCGCUCAAGCACGCCGUCUACACGCAUUCCACACCAUGGCUGCCACGGACGUGGACGUAUUUUCGAAUGAGGAGAAACGUAACCUCAGCCUGGGCGGCCAUGUUGGAUUCGACAGCCUCCCUGACCAGCUGGUCAGUAAAUCGGUCACGCAGGGUUUUUGCUUCAACAUCCUCUGUGUAGGCGAGACUGGCAUUGGCAAAUCAACAUUAAUGAACACGCUGUUUAACACCAUGUUUGAAAACGAAGAGGCCAGCCACUACCAGAACGGCGUGUAUCUGCGACCGCGGACCUACGAUCUCCAGGAGAGCAACGUCCACCUCAAGCUAACCAUCGUCGACACCGUUGGGUUCGGUGAUCAGAUCAACAAGGAGGACAGUUACAAGCCAAUCGUGGACUACAUCGACACCCAGUUUGAAAACUAUCUCCAGGAAGAGCUGAAGAUCAAGCGCUCGUUGUUUAACUACCACGACACCAGGAUCCACAUCUGCCUUUAUUUCAUCGCCCCGACAGGACACUCCCUCAAGUCUCUGGACCUCGUCACAAUGAAGAAACUGGACAGCAAGGUCAACAUAAUUCCUAUUAUUGCCAAAGCGGACACAAUCUCCAAGAGCGAGCUUCAUAAGUUCAAAAUCAAGAUAAUGAGCGAGCUCGUGAGCAAUGGCGUCCAGAUCUACCAGUUCCCGACAGACGACGAUGCUGUCAGCGAGAUCAACGCCUCGAUGAACGCCCAUCUGCCGUUUGCUGUGGUCGGAAGCGUGGAAGAGGUCAAAGUGGGGAACAAAACGGUGCGGGCCAGACAGUACCCCUGGGGAGUGGUCCAAGUUGAGAACGAGAGCCACUGUGACUUCGUCAAACUCAGAGAGAUGCUGAUCCGAGUCAACAUGGAGGAUCUGAGGGAGCAGACGCACGCCCGCCACUACGAGCUUUACCGGCGCUGCAAACUGGAGGAGAUGGGCUUUAAAGACACAGAUCCAGACAGCCAGCCUUUCAGUCUGCAAGAAACAUAUGAAGCCAAGAGGAAAGAGUUUUUAGGAGACCUGCAACGCAAAGAGGAAGAAAUGCGGCAAAUGUUCGUGAACAAAGUAAAAGAAACUGAAGCAGAACUCAAAGAAAAGGAGCGAGAGCUCCAUGAAAAGUUCGAGCAGCUGAAGCGGAUGCACCAGGAUGAGAAGAGGAAGGUGGAGGAGAAGCGGAAAGAACUCGAGGAUGAGAUGAACGCCUUUAACAGGAAGAAGAUGGCAGCUGAGACGUAUUCCUUAUCUCAACCCCUCAAGAAAGACAAGGACAAGAAAAAUUAAUUUUUGGGGCGCAGCACACCCAUCCACACACGACCAUGGAUUUGUCCUCCAUCACCAUAGCAGCGACCACAUCUGUCUUGUAUUUUUUUUUUUUUUUGUCUUCUUUUGACAUUCCAUCUUGACAUUGUGCACAUGGACCAAAGACACUGAGGAUGAUGAUGAUGGUGAAGCCACAGGAGAGAGAAAGAGUGAAAGGCGAUGAGGAGAAAAUGAUCAUGUCCCAUCAGUGGCCAUCUCAUUGAUUCAGGUUCUUUCUAUGUGAUUUUUUGGACAUUUUUUUUAAUAAAUAUAUCUGUUUAUUUUAAUUUUUGUUGAUUUAUAUAUUUUUUGUGUUUUCUCUUUUCUUUGUUUUUGUUUCUUCAGCCAUUCAAACAUUAAUUAAAACGUGUCAAGCAUUGUAAUUUCUUGGUACUACAACGAAUAUGGGUAAAUGAUGUAUUUAAAGAGAGUAGAUAUAAGGUGUGCCCAGUUUCUUUUUUUUUAGGACUGACAUUCAAAUCGAAGAGAUAAUGGUCCUCAACUUUAAAAGAAAAAAAAAAAAUGACAUUUAAAAUAUUCAGAUGUCAUUUGUCUUGACCGAUUUUUUUGCAACCAUGAGAAAUUAGUUUAGUAUAAUCAGUCCGGCGUUAGAAUGAUCGAUUUCAAUUUCAGUGUGUCAAGCAAUAACUGAGUACCUGCAUUUACGGUGGUACUGACAGCCUAACAUGUAGUCAUAUGUCUUAAAAGUCUAUGCAAUAUUCUAGUGCUGUAACCCAGUUAAUGUAUGUGAAUAUUUUCUAGAGCUUAUCAAGCCUUACAGUAAUAUGCAAAUGUACUAGUUUUUAAAUAUGAUUAAUAAAUAUGAGGCAAGAAGCCCGUAAGAGGCUGUACCGUAUUUGUAAGUGACUAAACGCCAUUGUAAACCCUGCGUGAUGAUGUCGAUAUGUUGCGCCAGUGGAAUCACGACUAUGAAGCCAGUAAACAUUUAAGCCUCAGCUCGCUGUAGGAGAGUUUGCGCUCUGACGUGGAGAAGAGAGCAGCUGUAUUUACUGUCUGUCCAUGCAAAUAAAUGCAAACCCUCCCUCCUAAAAUAUGAA